CUUAUUGUUCCACCACCACUCUCUUUUCUCUACUUGGAUCUACAACCCAUUUUCACUACUAUAUCAAAACAAUGAGCCUCCCUUUAAGUCAAGGCAAAACCCUCCCCGAUGCCUGGGACUACAAGGGUCAGCCUGCCGAGCGCUCCAACUCCGGUGGCUGGACCAGUGCCGCUAUGAUUUUAGGUGUUGAAGCAUGUGAGAGGCUAACAACUUUAGGUAUCGCUGUUAACUUGGUGACGUAUUUGACGGCAACCAUGCAUUUAGGCAAUGCUACCUCCGCCACCACCGUCACCAACUUCCUCGGCACAUCGUUCAUGCUCUGUCUCCUCGGCGGUUUCAUCGCCGACACGUUCCUCGGCAGAUAUCUCACCAUCGGAAUCUUCGCAACCGUUCAAGCAACAGGUGUGACAAUCUUGACAAUCUCAACAGUAAUCCCAGGGCUGAGGCCAGCCAAAUGCACCAGGGACAGCACCACAAUCUGCUCACCAGCAAGUGGCAUACAACUCACUAUUCUCUACUUAGCCCUUUACCUCACAGCCCUUGGCACCGGUGGUCUGAAGUCGAGCGUGUCCGGGUUCGGGUCCGAUCAAUUCGAUGACUCGGACCCUGAGGAGAGAUCGCAGAUGACGAAUUUCUUCAACUGGUUCUUUUUCUUCAUAAACAUAGGUUCACUUUGUUCGGUGACCAUUCUGGUUUACAUCCAGGAUAAUUUGGGGCGUGAAUGGGGGUAUGGCAUUUGUGCUUGUGCCAUUGUGAUAGGGUUGGUGGUCUUUCUGUCCGGUACCAAGAGAUACCGUUUCAAGAAAUUGGUGGGAAGCCCAUUGACACAAAUUGCAGCAGUGUUUGUUGCUGCCUGGAAAAAGAGGAAUUUGGAGUUGCCAUUGGAUCCCUCCUUGCUCUUUGAUGAUGCAGCUGAGGGGUUGAAGAAGAACAAGAAGCAAAAAUUGUCCCACAGCAAGCAGUUCCGUUUUUUGGAUAGGGCUGCAAUCAAGGACCCAUCUGUUAAUGAGGCAAACAAAUGGAACUUGGCUACUGUAACAGAUAUUGAAGAAGUGAAAUUGGUGCUAAGAAUGUUACCCAUUUGGGCAACCACCGUGAUAUUUUGGACCGUAUAUGCCCAAAUGACAACCUUUUCAGUGUCACAAGCAACCACUAUGGACCGUCACAUAAGUAAAAAUUUCCAAAUUCCACCGGCGUCACUUACUGUUUUCUUCGUCGGAAGCAUUCUCUUGACGGUUGCAUUCUAUGAUCUGCUCAUCAUUCCGAUAGCGAGAAAAGUCCUAAACAACCCCCAAGGCUUAACCCCUUUGCAAAGGAUCGCCGUCGGUUUAGUUCUAUCCGUUAUAGCAAUGGUAGCAGCAGCAUUAACCGAGAUAAAACGUCUGCGGGUCGCGAGCUCGAACGAACUUACAAACAAUCCCACGGCUCAAAUCCCAUUAAGCGUCUUCUGUUUAGUGCCUCAGUUUUUGCUCGUUGGGGCCGGUGAAGCCUUCACUUACAUAGGGCAGCUUGACUUUUUCUUGAGGGAGUGUCCUAAAGGGAUGAAGACGAUGAGUACUGGUUUGUUUUUGAGUACCCUUUCAUUAGGGUUUUUCGUUAGUUCUUUGUUGGUUACUAUAGUUCACAAGGUGACCGGGAACAACCGUCCAUGGCUGCCGGACAAUUUGAACCAGGGGAGACUCUAUGAUUUCUAUUGGCUUUUGGCGAUUUUGAGUUGUUUAAAUCUGGGGAUUUAUCUGGUUUUUGCUAAAUGGUAUGUGUACAAGGAUAAGAGGCUUGCUGAUGAAGGGAUUGAAUUGGAAGAAUCUGAAGCUACCUUCCAUUAACUGCAAGUGAUUAAAGAUGGUGUGUUUUGUAACUUUGUAUAAUUAUCUGCUAAGUCCUUUGAACUUUCAAUAAGUUUGUACUACCCCCUCUGUUUUGCAUGUACAAAAAAGAAUGGCAAAGGAUUACCAAA